GCGAGGGCCGGGCCGGGCAGGGCGCCGCCGGGAGAGGGCGCGGCGCGGGGACGGAGGCGGGGCUCGCGGAGUCCGCCCUCGGCCGGCGGCGAGCAGCUCGGGGAGUCUCCCUCGGGCCGGCCGGGCGGCGGGGAGAGCGCCAUGGACCCCAAGGCGGGCGGUGGCCAGGACGAUGACUGCGUGGACUCGGGCGCCGAGACCGGCGGGUCUGACUACAGCCACGUGUCCUCUACCAGCAGUGAGCUCUCGGCGGGGGAGGCGCAGGACCCGUUCCUGGUGAGCGCGCACAUCAUCUCGGACCCGGGGGCCUCGCAGCCCCUGCAGCAGGCGGUGGACGGGCUGCUGGCCUGGGUGCACCCCGGCCUCCCGCUGUUCCGGGUCUCCGAGCGGAGGGCGCCCUGGCGGCGGCGGAAGGCCCCCCGGGCGGCGCAGCCUGCGCUGGCCGUGGUGCUGUUCCUGCGCGAGGCGGGCGGCCAGGAGCCCAUCCUGCGGGCGCACCGCGCGCUGCAGCGGCCGCCCUGGCGCCACCACCACGCGGAGCGCGCGCCGGGCGGGCUGCGGCCCUACCUGCCCUGCAGCCAGGACUUCUUCUCGCUGGGCCCCGGGACGCCGCUGUGGGCCGUGCGGCCCGUGCACUACGGCAGGGAGGCCGUGCGCUUCACCGUCUACUGUCGCCACGACAGCUACGCGGACGCGCUGGGCCUCUACGGGCUCAUCCUCGGGCGGCGCCCCAGCCAGAGGAAGGCGGACUUCUGCGUCUUCCCUGUGUUCUCGGGGCCGGCCGCCGACGUCCAGUUCUCCCUGAAGAGGCUGCCCUGCGGCCAGGCGCCGGCGCCCGCCGACUCGUGCGUCCUGGAGUUCCGCGUCGGGGACCUGGGCGAGCUGGUGCCGCGCCUGCCCAGGCCCUGCAGCCCCAUCAGCGCGGGCCGCUGGCAGACGGAGGACCACGACGGCAACAGGAUCCUCCUGCAGGCACAGAGGGUGCACAGGAAGUUUCCGAAACCGGCCAGAGCUCAGUACGCAGAGCAGAAACCUCGCUCCAGGCUGGCCCCGAGCACCACCACCCCAAGCUGCACGCCCGGUAGCAGCCAGCAGCCCCCACUGGACGGUUCAUACCCAGGGCGCAGCCACGCACGCCUGCCUGCCGGGCACCUGCAGGAACUUGCCGGGCGAGCCUGCAGCCCUUCCAGCCACCCCUGGCCUUUCCCGAGAAGCAAGUCCUUGUUCUGUCUGCCCUCUGGAGAGCCCUCCACGGCCCCGUCAGCUGCACCACAGUGGCUCUCAACCACAGGUGACCCGGGACACAGGGCAUCAGGGAGAAGGCACGGCCACCUUCUCUCUGUUGAUGACCUAGAGGGGGCGCAGGAGACGGACGUGGACACGGGCCUCUCUGUGGUCUCAGCCUGCUCUGCACCCAGUAGGUGCUGCAGCUCCAUGCAAACAGCCCUCCCCGCCGAGGGACGCCACAGCCACGGGUCAAAGCACAAGGGUUCCCGAGAAGGACCACUGCCCACGGGGAGGGGGGGGACCAGGGAGCCCUCCCAGGCCUGCCUCCCCUUCUUCACCAGAGGGUCUUCCAGCUCCUCGACCACAGCCUGCAGCGCCUCCCCGCUCGCAGAGCCAUCCCCGGGGCUACCUCAUGAGGCUCCCUCAGCCCGGCAGACAGGCAGAGACGUCCCCCCACCCGCAGCGCCGGCUGGGCCUGGGGACAACGACCUGGAGGAGUUCUACAUCUGAACGCCCUCUGAGCGCCGCCCUGCCGUCGGCACCCCCCCUCGCCCAGCUCUGUCCACAGCGGAACUUCUCCCAGGCCCAUCAGCACGCCCACCUCACCGGCCAUUCUUACCAGAGGGGUGGGCGGGCGCCUGAGGCUCCCUGAGAAAAUGCUGGCAUUUUAUGCAAAUAAAUUCUCAACAGAUUUAAGUCGUAAACUCUAUUG